UAAUAACCGCAAUCGGAAACAGAAGCAGCUCAGGCUCAGCUCCUCCUCUUCCCCUCCGUCCCUUUCGUUCUUCAACUGGAAGCUCUUGUCUCUGUUCUGCUCUGCUCCUCUCUCUUAUCGGUGUUGGGUUGGCUGCGGAGAGGAGGUGGGUGUGGAGAGAAAAAACUAUGGUGUUAACUUCUUCCCCAUCCUCCGCAUACACACCCAUUAGAAUCGGACACUUCUCUACCACCAUCUCCUCCUCCUCCUCCUCUAAGCACCACACCCCUCGAUUGCACAGAUUCUCUUUGCGGGUCGUCGCGAACCAGUCCAUAGAAGAUGGGUCGACGGAGCAGUUCCUGCAGAACAGCAUCUCGAUCGCGGAUUUCAUGAGGUUCAAGAAAGGCAGCGUUAAGGGCAGCGGCGAGCUGCAGACCGCCGUCGUCAGCUACCGGAAGAAGUUCCCUUGGUCCCUUCUCUGGCCUUUUCUUCAGGUUGAUUUGGUGUCAACAAUUCAUAUUGCCGAUAAGGAGUACUUCUCGACCCUCCAGAAAGAGUUAGAGCCAUAUGAUUGUGUGCUUUACGAGAUGGUCGCCAGUCGAGAGAGUCUGGAGAACCGACGAAAUCCAGCAGCGACCAAGAGACUCAAGAGCUCACGCUCACGGGGUUUUAACAUAUUAGGUUGCAUCCAGAGACAGAUGGCCCGAAUUCUAAUGCUUGAUUUCCAGUUAGAUUGUAUUGACUAUCAGGCUGAGAAUUGGUACCACGCUGAUCUCGAUUUCGAGACUUUCAAGUUACUUCAGCUUGAAAAAGGUGAAAGCUUCUUCACGUUUGCAAGGGAUAUGACCAUCAAAUCAACAAAAGCAAUGGUCCAAACGGCUACAGUUCCAGAAGGCCUCGGGCCUUGGAGAUCCAAACUUCUAUGGGCCUCACGGGUGCUCCCGAUGCCACUGGUGGGCCUACUUAUUAUUGGAAGUGUUUGUGCCGAGGGAGGAAGUCAGGCAACAGAGUACCCUGAACUCGAAGCUCUAUCGAGACUUGACUUGGGUUCUGCAUUGAAGGUGUUUUUGGCUAGAAGACUGACAUCUGAGUUCACACAAGUGACCGCAGAUGUGGAGGAAAAGUCUGUUAUAAUUGGGCAGCGGAACAAAGCAGCAAUUGAUGCCCUGAGAAGGGCCAUUGAAGAUGGGCACAGGAGAAUAGCAAUCCUCUACGGAGGAGGUCACAUGCCCGACUUGGGGAGGCGACUGAGGGAAGAGUUUGAUUUGGUUCCCUCGCGGGUCCAGUGGGUGACUGCAUGGUCCAUUAGGAACCGGGACGUGGAGACCAGUCCUAUCCCAUUCCUUAAGACGAUGGCUGAGGUUUCUGGGUGGCCACUGAACCGGUACCAGACCCUAGCUCUUCUGAUCUUCUCAUUGGUCCUCGCAGUUGAUCUGUGGUUCUGGGAGCUAUUCUUCGGGACCACUGUGAACUGGGUCUCAGAGAUCGCAAUGGAGGUUUCUCGUUACAUUGACAGUGUACAGGUGAUGUAGUUACAACAAUGGGUACCCACUGGGCCAAUGUAAAUAUGAUUAUUCAACCUGCAAAUGAUUUGGCAUGGACGAUGAUUGAAUCUGGUAGAUUAAACAAUUCAUCUAUUUGUCACAGUGAAUAUAUUCAACAGCUUUGCAUCAA